AUAUGUUUUGUUCGGUGGAGACCACCGAGCCGCCGUAGCCGUCCUCGUUGUGAAGUUAAUUUUUGUCGCUGAUAACAAGCGCCAAAAAUUCGUGUUCGAAUGUUGCGAAAAGUCCAUUUCGGCCAGUUUCUUCGUAGUGAUGUUGUGAAGAUCGGUAAAAUCUCUAGGCCGGUGCUGUCGCUAAUCUGCUGAGUGAGCUGAGUGUUUAGAGUCUAGGCUUUUCUCGUCUUCAGUUUUGUCCCGGGGGCACGUUGAACUUGGAAAUAGAAAAAAAGAGUGCGCAACAACCCGCGCGACGAGUUGGGGUUGGACAGGAAAAACAACGGCGGUGCUCUGAAAUGAAGUGAUAGCGCACAGCCGACGAUGAUGGUGAUGGCUGCUGUGUGAUUGAUAGUUCACCCCCGUGCCGUUCCUAUUUACAGCCAAGACGCCCGCUCUAGCUGGUCUUCUCCCUCCCGAAAGCAUUGUGCUGGCGGAAUGUGCAACAGCACGUUUGCUGCUCAAUAUUCUGCUAAGCAUAAAAGUCCUUGAGGAGAGCAGAAAAAUAAAAAAUCCACACCGCGGCCAUGCGGUUGGACUACCCAUCCGCGAAUGUGUAAAUUUGUGGGCGUGCGCGUGUGUGUGUGGUUGUACCCUGUGUGACAAUAGUGCCCUUCUCAUCCCAGACCCCCACCCCCUGCCUCGUCUCAUCACCCUUGCCAUGUCUUGCCUUUCCUCGGGUUGCUAUGAUUAGCAGCGGAACGCAAUAGGAGUGUGUGAGAUAAGCGAUAUUUUUGCAACAAAAUCGGUGCGAAAGCGAGACAGACCGAAAUUGGCAGACCACCGCAGACAGCAGAGAGGCGGAUGCUGCCGUGGGAGACGACCGUAACAUAAAAGGAUACGAUCACCUUACGGCGCGCGCGAUGACAAAAAGCUGCCCACGCAAAAGGGCGUAAUAGUGGUGUCGUCCGUGGGAAACGUUUUAUCGAAGCUGCUGUACAGUGUCCUGUUUGCCAAUCCGUCCCGGUUUGUGUAGCCGUGAGUGGUUGUGUGUAUGUGUGAUAUAAAGUGACGGGGGAAAAUAGUUCGAAUCCCUAGUGUAGAAGAGCAUCCGACCGUCUGCGAAGAAAGGGAACGUGUGAAGGUCGUCGUCGCCGUCGGUCAGUGGUGUUGCCGAAAGGCCGUCGUUCAGUGUUUCGCGCCAACCGUCCUGGUUUUGUUUACCUGCAGGAUGAUAACCUCGUUGGUCCGGUGACGAGCAUUCGAUUCGGAGGAAUUCCUUUGCUCCGGAAGCAAUCAUCGUGAAGGAAAAACCCCCGCCUCUAAAACCCAUCGAUGAAAGGGAACGUACCGCUCACCCAUAUUGUGCAUCCCAGUCGGCGGCGCUUUUCGAUUCUUUCACCGUUUGACACAAAGAGGACGACGCGAACGUAGCUGUGUGGGUGUGCGUGUGUGCGUGUGUGUGUCGUUCGCAAACAGCUGUUGCUGCUGUGUAGAGUGGCAAGACAACUGCCAGCCUUCCCACAUUUCCCACCACCCACUUCAAGCACCCGGUUGGUGUGCUAAUCCCACCGUCUCGUUUACGGAAGCUACAUUCUUCGUUCCAUUGGCGACGCCGGUCCCCCAUGCCCGUACAGCUGCCGUAAUCCGGGAGUGACUUUGACGGACCAGACAAUGGCGACGGGUGCACGCGGCGACCGGAAGAUGCGGGUGGUGGCGCUGGUUAGCGGUGGCAAGGACAGUACGUACAACAUGAUGCAGGUCGUGGCCGAGGGACACGAGCUGGUCGCGCUGGCCAAUCUGCAUCCGAAGGAUCGGGACGAGCUGGACAGCUACAUGUACCAGACGGUCGGUCACCAGGGCAUUGAGAAGCUGGCCCAGGCGAUGGAGCUGCCGCUGUACCGGCGCAUGACGCGGGGCCACUCGAUCAACACCAAGGGUCACUACGAGCCGACCGAGGAUGACGAGGUGGAGGAUCUGUACGAGCUGUUGGGUGAGGUGCAGCGGGAGCAGCAGAUCGAGGCGGUGGCCGUCGGUGCCAUCCUGUCCGACUACCAACGAGUGCGGGUGGAAAAUGUCUGCACCCGACUCAACCUUAUCUCGCUGGCAUAUCUGUGGCGCCGGGACCAGACGGAGCUGCUGCAGGAGAUGAUCGACUGUCAGGUGCACGCGAUCAUCAUCAAGGUGGCCGCGCUCGGCCUGAUGCCCGACCGGCAUCUGGGCAAAUCGUUGAAGGAGAUGCAACCGCACCUGUUGCUGAUGCGCGACAAGUACGGGCUGAACGUGUGCGGCGAGGGCGGCGAGUAUGAGACGUUCACGCUCGACUGUCCCCUGUUUCGCAGCCGCAUCGUGGUGGACGACGUGCAGACGGUGAUCAGCUCGGCCGAUCCGGUGUGCCCCGUAGGUUAUCUAAACUUCACCAAACUGCGGCUGGUGCCGAAGGAGCGCAUCGAGCCGGUGGUGAUCAAGAACUCGCUCGACUUCAUCCAUGAUCUGAACGAGUCCAGCUACAGCGAUCUGAGCGAUCCGGAUUUGAGCGAAACCGAGCUGGAGCUGAUCGAGCGCAGCAGCAGCGGGAUGGUGACCGGCGGCAUCGGUGUGUCACGCGGCUCCGUUAUGCGCAACUCGUUCAGCAAGGACGAUCUAAGCGGGACGGCGGGUGCGACGGCGGUCGUGCUGUCACGCAGCAACAGCAUAACGAAGGAGCUAACGAUCUGCGCGAACCUCGAACCGGCACCCUUCAGUAAGUCACCGGUGCGGAUCAUUACCAAGGCACGGUCCAGCAUUAGCGCCGGUGAGUGCGGCCCGAGUGUGGCGUCGAGCGAUGGACCGAUCGAGGUGCUGCCCCCGUUUCACUACUCGCGCGAAAGCCGUCCACUGAGCAAUCGACCACGAGCGAUCGUCAACUCCAAGGGCUGGAUGUGGGUGGCCGGUGUACAGGGUUGUGGGGAAGAUUCGCGGCAAGCAAUGGCCAGUGCGCUCGCCAUACUGGAAGAUAUGGUCCAUUCGCGCUCGUUUACGCUGAAGCAGAUUUGCUACAUUACGCUGUACGUGCGAAACAUGGGCGAAUAUAGCUUUAUCAACGAAAUCUACUCAACGGUGUUCGCCUUCGCCAAUCCCCCGACGAGGGUGUGCGUGGAGUGUCCCCUGCCGGCGGACUGUGCAGUCGUCUUGGAGGCUGUUGCUUUUAAUCCCGUUUCCAGUGCUUCGGAGCUGGAACACAAACGGCAGACAAUGCACGUGCAGGGCAUUUCCCAUUGGGCACCGGCCAACAUCGGUACCUACAGCCAAUCGACAAAGGUCGGCCACAUCACGUAUAUCUCCGGCCAGAUAGCCCUGGUGCCGGGCAGCAUGACGAUCAUCGAGGGUGGCAUCAAGCAGCAGUGCAAGCUGACGCUCCGCCACCUGAGCCGAAUAGCGAAGGCAAUGAAUGCGCAGGGCGGUCAGCUGCGGGACGUGGUGCAGGGCAUUUGUUUCGUGACGCAUCCGAGCUACAUCUACGAGGCGCGCCGCCAAUGGGAACGACGGACGGCGAACGCGAUCAUCGACUACAUCGUGGUGCCGUCGUUGCCACGCGGUGCGCUGGUCGAGUGGCAGGUGUGGGCCCACUCGCACAACGACAAGUUCGACUACGAGGAAACGGGCUGCUCGAUCGGCGAGUACUCGAUAUCGAUCCGACGCCGCUGGAACUACGAAAACAACUGCGCCUCGAUCGUGUGCUACGUGUCGACGGGGCUGGCCACAUCCACCACCAAGCUGACCGAGCUGACGGACGACUACCUGCACCAUCACACCCAGCUGGCGCAGCGAAUCACGCGCGAGCACAUACACGACACGAUCGCGUACGUUCUGCGCAAACUGUUACAGGCCUAUCCGGGGCUGCUCGGCAUCAGCCCAUCCUCUCCGUCCGCCGCCGCCGCCGCCGCCGCCAGCAACGACGAGUCGGUGGGCGGUGCAGAGGACGACCAACACGCACGGCCACAUCCGGCGCGGGCGGCACAACCGCCAUCGGCGGACCUGGCCAAACCGGCUGUACAUCUGCGCUUGUUCUACCAGGUCGACGCGAUACCGUCCGUACAGUUUCUGAUCGACGCUGUGGAGAGCUUUCUGGUGUCGCCGGCCAACGUGGCCCGCAUCGCGUACACCGUCAUACCGGCCUGCCAUCUGCAGAACUUUAGCACCUUCAUCUCGAUCUGUGGCCUGCGCCAUCACGAGUAGUCAGCCGGCCGGCGCAGUAGUGUAGCAAAACGAGAUUAAGCCGGCAAAAGGCACCGAGACACUAGACAGCGUGGAGACCAAGGGAAAGGUUUUCGGGGACACAUGUUCGAGGGGCGAGCACGAACGUAGAUAGGACGAGACAAAUUUGGGUGGAAUUUAGGGCCGCAUGCCACAGGGCCACAUCGAAAGACAAGAGUGACUACUAGAGUGUUACGAUGCGUGUUGCGUGUAUGCGUGUGCGAGAGUGCGUGUGCGUGUGUGUGUGUGAGUGUGUUGAUAAACGUAAUUAUAUGUGUGCUUAAAAAGUGAAAUAGAUAGGAACAUAGCGUAGAAGGCAAAUGAGGGUGACGAAGGCGUGUUUGCGCUUGUUCCCUCCGGCAGUACGAUAUUGUUAGCUUAUUGCGCAAGAAGAGGGAGCGAGAGAAACAAAUUAUGUAUAUUAAACUGUUGAUCAUUUAAACCAUUUGA